AUGGCGCUGAGCCGCGGCAGGAUGGUGGCCGCCCUGCUGCUGCUGCUGCCGCGGCGGUUGGCGGCCACCCGGGCGGAGGCGGGCGCGCAGCCCCCCGAGAACGUGGUGCGCGUCCCCUGGGCCCUGCGGCUACGCCUGCAGCGGGGCGCGCAGCGCCGUCGGCGCGGGCAAAGGGAGGCGGCGGCAGCGCCGCAUCCCGGAAAGCUGCUGCUGCGGAGCCGGCGGCCAGAGCUGAGCCAGCCCCGCUGGCAGACGGUGGGGCGCUGGGAGCGGCCGCAGCUGGUGUCGACGGGCUGGAAGCACAGGAAGGCCUGCGGGGACUACUUCCAGCUGGAGCCCUCGCAGGAGGCGGCUCCCGCCCUGCAGGCGCCGCCGCCUGACGCGGGGCAGGGCCCGUCCUUCGCCGAGAUGGGGCUGCAGCCGGCGCUGCUGGCCGGCCUGGAAGGCCUCUCUGUCGGCCGCCCCACGGCGGUACAGCGCCUCGCCAUCCCCGCGCUGCGCCGCGGCCGUAGCGCCCUCUGCGCCGCCGAGACCGGCAGCGGCAAGACGCUGGCCUACCUGCUGCCGCUGCUGGACGGGCUGCUCUCCCGCCCCGAGGGGCCGGCGGAGGCGGCGGGGCCGGCGUCGCCCAGCGGGUUAGUGGUGCUGCCGUCGCGGGAGCUGACGGCGCAGGUAGGCGCGGUGGCGGAGGCGCUGUGCCGGCCGGCGGGGCUGCAGGUGCGCGGGCUGACGGGCGGCGGCGCCGCGGGCGGGCUGCGGAGGCAGCUGCGGGCGCCGCCGCCGGGUGCCGCCGUGCUGCUGGGCACCCCCGGGGCGCUGCGGGAGGCGCUGCGACGGCGCUUCCUGGCCCUGGGGCGGCUGCGCUGGAUGGUGUUGGACGAGGCAGAUGUCCUGAUGGACGACACCUUCGCGGAGCCGCUGGAGGAGAUCCUGGCGUAUGCGCCCCUGGCCGUUGGCGCCCCCGGGCCGGCUGGCCCCGGGGAGGCAAGGACCCAGGUGGUGGUGGUCGGAGCCACUUUUCCUGCGGGGCUGAGCGAGACGCUGGGGAAGUUCACUGAUGUGAGCCGGUUUGUCACCCUCACCACCCAGAGCCUGCACCGCCUGCCACCCCAUGUCCAGCAGAAGUUUGUCCGCCUCAAAGGCCAGGACAAGCUGCCUGAACUGCUGCAGCUACUCAGGGAUCACCCAGCGUCCGGUGGGACUGUUCUCAUCUUCUGCAACAGUGCUAGCACUGUCAACUGGCUGGGCUAUAUCCUGGAUGACCACAAAAUCAAGCAUCUGAGGUUACAAGGACAGAUGUCAGCAGCUGCUAGAGCUGGCAUCUUUGCCUCCUUCCAGAAGGGUGAUGCGUCUGUCCUUGUCUGCACUGACCUUGCCUCGCGGGGGCUGGACACCAGCAGCGUGCAGCUAGUGGUCAACUAUGACUUCCCAGACACCCUGCAGGAUUACCUGCACCGUGUGGGACGAGUUGGACGGGUUGGAAGCAAGGCACCUGGAGCUGUGGUUAGUUUUGUCACCCAUCGGUGGGAUGUGGACCUGGUACGGAAAAUAGAGACUGCAGCCCGGAAAAGGACAGGUCUCCCAGGCAUGGACUCCUCUAUUAGUAAGCCUCCAUCUAAAGGAGGUUGAUCCAGGUUGCCAAGAAGUAAUAAAUGGCCUGGUAGGGACUGAGUUUGAAGUUAUUAAGGCAGAGCGAAUGAGCUGCUGUGCGUAAGCUAGACUGAAAGAGUAUAGAAUUGAGUUUCAGAACCAGGUGAUCAGGUUAACUUUGCACACUGUUCUGGAACCUGCAGUUGUCAUUUCCAUAGGCAUCACAACUCAUGGCUUUCCAAAAGGAAGCUAGUGAGUAACAAAAUACCUUUGGAGAAGACUGAAGAAUAAUCUCAUCAGUUGCUUUUGUUUAAUUUUGUUGAGACUUUUAACUUAAAUUCAAAUCAGAAUGAAAGUAUGCCUGUAUGAUGUGCAGCUCUGGUGCAUUUCAUUGCUUACAACCAGCAGCAGCUAAACAUUCAUUAACUUUAACUAAUUAUAGAUAAAUGUAGAAAGACUAAAGGACAAAUUAUAUUUAAUUUUCUUGUGAUGUCGCAGUUCAUUCAGAGGAUUCUAGACCAGAUGCCUCUGAAGUUCAGUGAGAAUGAGAAAGCACAAUAAAGCUUGAGGCUUUUUCAACAUCUUAAUUUGUCAUUUUAUAGUUAUCUUUCACUGAGAAAGGGAACCUUGCUGUUC